AACGAUUCCUAUAAUUAUCCAUUGCCGCCAUCUCCGCCGCCGGUGGCAAGAAAAAAUCAUGUAUCUACAGUCUUCAGCCGCCAUCUCCGCUGCCGAUUUAGAAAACAAAAUGGCUGCUUCAUCUCUCUUCAAUUUCACUCUCUCAACUCACAAUAACAGACCCAAAUCUCCACGCCCCUCGAUCAGAAGCCCCUCCUCACAAUCCCUAGUUCUCAUCCCCAAAUCUUUAUCUCUCCAUUUCGCCGCGAAAUUUCCCAAUUCACCUCAAUCAACCACCAACCCUUCAGUCCCAGCCCUCUUCUCAUCUCCCCAGAACAAAAUAUCGAGCUUUCUUGUAGCAAAGAUUGCAACUUUAUUGUUGGGGUCACUGAUUUUCGCUGGCUGUGUGAGGGGAAGGCCUGCUUUGGCAGAGGCGGUUCAAGAAAGUGAGGUCUUUCAGGAGAAGAAAGAUGCCCGAGCUAGUGAUGACGAGGGCGAGGAGAUGUGCGAGAGAUUGUUGCAGGAGAAUCCAAGAGAAGUUGAGGUGUUGAAGAUGGUUGUGAAUGUGAAGAUGAGGAGGGGGAAGAGUGGUGAAGCUGUGGAGAAUGUGGAGAAGUUGAUUGAGUUGCAGCCUAGUGAAAUGGAGUGGAGGCUGCUGCAGGCGCUUUGUUAUGAGAUGAUGGGGGAUUUGAAUAAGGCUAAGAGCUUGUUCAAGAACAUAAUCAACCAGAAACCUCUCUUGCUUAGAGCUUUGCAUGGUCUGGCAAUGGUGAUGCAUAAGAACCAAGAAGGAGCAGCUGUUUUUGAGAUGCUAGAUAGGGCUCUAGAGGUUGCUCGUCGGGAGAAUAAAGUCAAUGAAGAGCGAAAUAUAAGAAUUUUAGUUGCACAAAUGCAUCUAAUCAAGGGAGACUUGGAGGAGGCAUUGAGGAACUUUCAAGCUCUCAUUGACGAGAAUCCAAGGGAUUUUCGCCCGUAUCUUUGCCAGGGGAUCGUAUACAGUCUGCUGGACAAGAAAAAGGAAGCAGACGAGAGCUUUGAGACGUACCAAAGCCUCGUCCCAGAAGAAUUCCCAGAGAGAGGGUUCAUGGAUGACGUUGUUCUAGCAGCAAGAACGGAAUCGAAGCAGCAACUUCAGAAGGAUCUUCAACGCUAAAUCAAGAUUAAAAAAAAACCUGAUUUCUUGUGAAUGGCAGAAGCUUGCCAUGAAGGAGACUCGUGUAAGAUGCCGUUUUUGGUCUGUCGUGUUUUGGUUGUGGCUCGUUCCAGGAAGCCUAGAGGCGCUAUCUAGACUAGCGCAUUGGACAUCAUCGUUCUUCUUGAAAUGGCAUUUUCCAGGCUAGUAGUGCAA